AUGAAUCAGCGGGAUGGAUCAAAGCCUGCUCCCAGGGUGAAGCCAUUCCGUCCCGUGCUCGACCUUGAAAGAACUUAUUCUAAGCUGACUAAUAGCGAGAUGAGGAUGCGCGCUGAAGUGCCUGGAACUGUGGAAUUGGACCUGCAGAACCCAGAGAGCAGUGCAUGGCUCAAAACAAUCUUUGAAGAACUUGAGGACCAAGAUCCGGAGACGCGCUACUUCGCUCUACGCAAGUUUGGAUCUGUGCUUCAUAGGAUAGUGCUGAAGGGUUCUACUGUCAACGCCUGCUUCUCAGCCUACAUGCUAGAGCGAGGAAUCCUGAAAGAGAUCAUCCGCAUCCUCAAAUCAGCGAAGGCAGAAGGUGAUAUCUACAUGAUGGCUGGAGGGAGCAUGGAGGAGGCUGUUUGUAAUUCGAUUGACGGCCUGCUCGUACUUUCAAAGGUCAAGACCUGCCUCCAGAUCCUGAACGGGCUCAUGGCAGAUGCUCGGACAUGGCGCUUCGUCAAAAAGUCCAUACCUGACUUGCUCUUCAUUCUCGAGGGAUCUUACCUCUCUGAGAACCCGGUCAUGCUGGUGGGAAGAGGGAAGGUCAAAAACGUGCCUCCAGUGUCCGAAAGUUUGAGAGACGAAGAGAAAUUGACAUCGCUCGAAACGCUGGGAGGCUUUGCUCUUUGGGCGACUGAUGACGUCAGAGAGGUGAUAUGCGGCAGAAGGGCCCUUCUUUCCCAGAUUCACAGUGACUGCUUGGCUGACACGAGGCUGGCUUCCGACAUUGUUGACCGUGUCAUCACAACGAUCUCAGUGCUCGAUUCAGGCCCCCGCGCCCUUCCAAUUUCUCUUGACGACUUUUUCAAAGUUGCGGUCAAAGCUUUUGAAGUGUCCCAGGACCCGGAGGUGAUAAGGCUGGCCAUCAAUAACUUGGCAUUUUACCUGAAGGAACGGCCCGCUUUCCUCUCCAAGGAAAAGAAGCUUCCAUCAAAGUACUUGGCCCCUCUGCUAGCGCUCGCAACUUGUUCGAGCCUCGAAGAGGAAAGAAAGGGCUACGUCUACAAAAUUCUUUGCCUGUUGGAUCACAAAACCUUCAGCCCCAUCCUGGCAAGAGCAGAUUACAAAGAAGAGCUGGAAAAGAUAUUGGCCGCUUCUAGCAAGGCACUGGACAGGAAGCGACAGCUGACUGACCUGUUCGCAAGCGAAUGCAACCGGGAGCCAGAUCUUGAGCAGAGGCCCGAAGACUCCUUCAGGAUUGAAUCCAGCAGGAAGAGCCCAGGAGUGCAUGAAGACGGGUCUCGUGCUGAAGCAGCGAAGCCAAUCCAACCGAGAGUUCUACCUAGCAACUACUCAACGCUGACCAUGAGUGAGAUCCGAGAGCGCCUUACAGAGAAAGAAAGCGUGGAAUUAGACCUAAGCAAUCCAGAGAGCAGUGCAUGGCUGAAGGAUAUCUUGAAUGACUUACGCUCAAGUGAUUCUGAGGCCCGCUUCUUCGCCCUGUGGAGGUUUAAAGCGGUGACUUGUCGCAUGCUGGAGACCAAGGGGCCGGAGCUUAGCGCAGCUUAUGUGGCUCACGUGUUGGAAGAAGGAAUCUUGGAAGAGGUCAUCAGACUCCUGAAAGCAGCCCAAACAGAAGGUGAUGUUUACUUAUAUCCCAAGGUGAAGGUUCUGGGUGAGUCACCAAGCCAAAGGGAGCCAAUCACGCUGUCAAAGAUUGCCAUAGCGCUCGCGGUGCUGCCCGCUCUCAUGUUGGACGCCCGAACGACGCGCUUCAUUUGGAAGGCUGUGCCUGACAUACUCUCAGUCCUCGAAGGAGCCUACUUCUCGCUGCCUGUGGUGUUCAGCGCCAGAGAUUGGGAGAUGCCUGAGGCUCUGUCGCGCCUAUUAAAUGACGUGAAACUACGGGAUGAACACAAAUUAGCAAGUCUAUCGGUGCUGGCAAGGCUGACUGAAUAUGUGAAACAAGCAUGGAGAAAGUUUGCCAGCAGGAAACCCCUCAUCCACAGGAUUCUGCAGGACUGCCUGGCCAACACAGAAUUCUCCACCGGAAUCAUCAUCUUCGCAAGCAAUCUUUGCUAUAAUCUCAUCGGAUCAUGCGAUUUGUCGGACUUUUUGGACCCAAUCUUUGAGACUGCCUUCAAGGCCAUAGCAUCGUCGGAGGAUGCGCUCACGAUCACAGCCGCAAUCAGGCUCUUGGCGCAGACGUUGCAAGAGUGGGAUACGACACUAAAAAAGCUCUUCGAAUACAGAAGCAACCCACGAGUAGAGAAGCAGGCAAAGCUGACGCAGCUGUUUGCAAGGUAUCCUGAAGCGGGAGAGAGAAGCCAGAAGCUCCACGAGAUCUUUGCAGCCAACGACCCUUAUAUAAUCGCGCGAGGUUCGAGGGAGCCAGGCACGCCUUCCGAAACUUUCUCCCAAAAGCACAGCGAGGAUCCGCUUCAGAAAAUUCCCGAAGGCAAGAGUUACAUCCUACUCAACGUCUCGGAGGGGGAGGCGCAGGUCCAAGCCGACAAGAAGCUUCGCAGAAAGUGCUCCUGCUCGAGCUGCUGCCACGUCGAGGCCGCCUCGUGCGAGUUCAGGGUCUGCAGCAGAUGCCGUUUGGCUGUGUACUGUUCCCGAGGUUCCGUGGAAGCGAGGACGCUUUCUUUUUUCACAAGCGGCUGA